GAUCACUGCUGCAAAAGCGGCAGAGCUAUUCAGUCACCUGCUGGACUACAGCCUUUAUAGCCUUCCUCAAUUCAGUCACUUUAAGGUCUGACAGUGAGAACAACAUACUCCCAUGAGCAUCAACCCCACUACUAGAUGAAGAGAACUCCAUCGCUGCAGGGCCAAUGUAGCGAACCAUAUGUCAGGCAGAGUGUUGUGAGCGAGGGUUAUUGACCUGAUGUCUAAGCAGCAUCAUCCUAUCAAGGACUCAGAGGGACUUCACCUCUCCCCUCGCCAUUCCCCCCUUCUUCACUCCCCAGUGUCCCCCAGGCCUGUUCCUCUCUCCCCACUUCACUCACCCCCCGUGUCCCCCGGGCCUGUUCCUCUCUCCCCACUUCACUCCCCCGUGUCCCCCAGGCCUGCUCCUCUCUCCCCACUUCACUCCCCCGUGUCCCCCAGGCCUGCUCCUCUCUCCCCAAUUCACUCCCCCCCCGUGUCCCCCGGGCCUGCUCCUCUCUCCCCAUUUCACUCCCCCGUGUCCCCCAGACCCACUCCUCUCUCCCCUGUCCACCACCCCCUCUUCUCCCAAACUCAGCUCCCCUUCCCCCAGCCCUUCUCCCCACUCUCUCAGCCCCAGGACCUAGUAGAGACAGACUUCCCUUCUGAUGUGGACACAUGUCAGCUACUGUCUCCCCUCUGCCAGCCCUCCCUACGAUAUGGCUACAAGGACUAUACCCAGGACCAGUCGUACCAGCAGACAUUGACCCACCCUGACCCAGAAACUCUGCAGGACUUCCACAACCACGGCUCCCAAACUAACCUCAACCAUCAGCUGGCCCGUGGAAAGAAGCACCAGCUGGACCAGCAGACCUACACCAUCAACAGAAACCACAAGAGGCAGCUCAAGACCCAAAAGGACCAUCAGCCCCCUAACAGCUAUCAGGAUCCCAUACUGGACUCCCAGACCAUGUACAGCAACAAGCAGAACCAGCAGAACCAUCACAUGAAACAGCAGUCUCUGGACCUUCAGACUCAACUGGACCCACAGAACUGCAACCACCAUCAGAGCCAGCAGAUGGAGGUGAACCAUCAUCAACAUCAGUCUGUCCAGAGCCAGGAACAGAACCAGCUGGACCAUCACCACCAUCAGUCUGUCCAGAGCCAGCUACAGAACCAGCUGGACCAUCACCAACAUCAGUCUGUCCAGAGCCAGCUACAGAUCCAGCUGGACCAUCACCAGCAUCAGUCUGUCCAGAGCCAGCUACAGAACCAGCUGGACCAUCACCACCAUCAGUCUGUCCAGAGCCAGCUACAGAACCAGCUGGACCAUCACCAGCAUCAGUCUGUCCAGAGCCAGCUACAGAACCAGCUGGACCAUCACCACCAUCAGUCUGUCCAGAGCCAGCUACAGAACCAGCUGGACCAUCACCACCAUGAGUCUGUCCAGAGCCAGCUACAGAACCAGCUGGACCAUCACCAACAUCAGUCUGUCCAGAGCCAGCUACAGAACCAGCUGGACCAUCGCCAGCAUCAGUCUGUCCAGAGCCAGCUACAGAACCAGCUGGACCAUCACCAGCAUCAGUCUGUCCAGAGCGAGCUACAGAACCAGCUGGACCAUCACCAGCAUCAGUCUGUCCAGAGCCAGCUACAGAACCAGCUGGACCAUCACCAACAUCAGUCUGUCCAGAGCCAGCUACAGAACCAGCUGGACCAUCGCCAGCAUCAGUCUGUCCAGAGCCAGCUACAGAACCAGCUGGACCAUCACCAGCAUCAGUCUGUCCAGAGCGAGCUACAGAACCAGCUGGACCAUCACCAGCAUCAGUCUGUCCAGAGCCAGCUACAGAACCAGGUGGACCAUCACCAGCACCAGUCUGUCCAGAGCCAGCUACAGAGCCAGAAGCACCAGGUCAGACUCCACAUCCUAGCCCAGCUCCAGAGACGAGAACAAGGACAGGGAGGGGGCUACUGCCCCCCACAGCCCCCUCACAGAACCACAGUCACACCCAGCAGCACACACACAUCUCCUACACUCAAACACAGACCCAUGCACAAAGCUCCUAUCUGUACACACAGGCCCACGCAGACCAACAACAAAGCUCCUAUCUGUACACACAGGCCCACGCAGACCAACAACAAAGCCCCUGUUUGUACACACAGCCAGCACAGAGCCCUCUAACCUCUGUGGAACCCUCCUCACCCUCCUCACCCUUGUACCCUGGUCCCCAGUCUUACUCCAACCCUUACUUUUUCCCUCACUUCCACUCUCAUCCCAACUCUAACUUUAACUCUCACCCUCAAUCCUAUCCCAGAUCUAAUCCCCAUCUUCAUUCCAAUCCCAGCUCUAAUCCCCAUCUUCAUUCCAAGUACAGCCUCUUCCCCAAACCCAACCCUGCCUACAGCCACAACCCCAACCCCAGCCCCAACCCUAACCCCAACC